AUGGAGGAGACAAAGCCAUUGGGAGGGAAUCAUCCCCAGCAGCAACAACAACAAAAACAACAACAACAACAACAACUCCUCUAUCAACACCAAUUACAACAGCAACAGCGACAACAGCAGCAGAUGCUUCUGUUGCAGCAAUUGCAGAAACAGCAGCAACAACAACAGCAACAAGCAGCAAUGUCUAGAUUCCCGUCGAACAUCGACGUGCAUCUCCGACCGCCGGGGAUGAUUCAGAAUCGACCAAUUAAUCCUCCUCAGCAGAAUCCGACCCCUAACCCGAGCGCAGGCACCAAUUUGGGACAACAGACACCUAAUUUUCAACAGCAGCAGCAGCAGCAGAUUGCAUCGAGCCAGCAGAUGAUGCAGCAACAGCAACAACAGCAGCAGCAGAAAUUGAUGAGGCCGUUGAAUCACAUCGAGCUUCAAUUCGCUUAUCAGGACGCUUGGCGUGUCUGUCACCCGGACUUCAAGCGACCUUUCUCUUCUCUCGAAGACGCUUGCGAGAGAUUGUUACCUUACCAUGUAGUGGCAGAUUACGAAGCAGAAGAGGAUGAUAGGAUCCUUGACUCAGACCCAACAGGGCAGGCUUUAUCCCGCUCUCAGCAGUGGGAUAACAACAUCGCCGCUAAAGUCGCCGAAUUCACGGCAACGUUUGAGAAACAAGCCCUAGCUUUCAACAUAAUAACUCGAAAGAGAUCGAUGGGAGAGUUCAGAUCUGAGGAGAGGCUGAUGAUAGAGCAAGCUCUGCUGCAAGAAGAAAGAAAGGCGUUGUUCGAGCUGAAAGCAGAAAUGGACAGAGAGAAAGCUGGCAGGGAGGCUCAGGAGGCGAAGCUGCGAAUGGCGGCUUUGGCUCAGGCGGGACAGUCGCAGUCUCAUGCUGAGAUUAUGGCUCGGAACCCUUUGAGGGCUAAUGCGGUUGGGAAUCAGGGGAGUAAUAUUCAGCUGAGCCAUGAGAUGGGAGAGCAAGGACGUGGCAUGAACCCUGAUGAGAUGAUGAAUGGAUGGGGGAAUAGUAGUCAGAGAGAGGAGAAGGAACCUUCGGAGGAUUUCUUGAAUGAUGAGGAGAAUGAGAAUGGUGAGACUGGUGAGCAAGAAACCUGGCGUGAAGCAGGAGAAUUCGAUUUGAAUAGCCGGUAA